CCCCAUAAUGUUAGAGAUGCGCCGAGGCUACCAAAUAAUUUCUCAUUUUCUCCACAAAUGUCAAAAUCCAAAGGACAAUAAACGUCUUUCGUCAGUGAGCAGCACCUUCGAGCGUUAAUCGGCCCCAUCUCCUUCUCCACAGUUACCACUGCAAAUUCGCUAGCUCGGUUUCUCUCUCUCUCUCUCUAGCUGCAUUGACCAAAUAUGCCUUUCAGGAGAGUAAUCGAGGUAGAACCACCAAGCCCUAUGAGAUACAUAAUCGGAGCAGCGAUCAUGAUGAUCGGCGUAGUAUUGCCCGUCGGAUACAUGAUGUUCCGCAACAAGCGUGUCCCCACCUCUUCUUCUUACUCCAAACAGACGUAGGAACAAAGUUUUGAUAUAGAGGCAUAGCUUUAGAGUUGAUUCCGGGAUCAUGGAAGUGUGAUCAAGAAGAAGAAGACAAGAAAGAAGAGCAUUAACAGAUAUGCAUAGCGUGAUUGUAAAUUGUGUGAAAGUCGAAUUUAUGGCUUGUGGGUUGUUUGGAACUCUAGAACUCUAGUUCAAAUCUACGAAUGAUAUGCUUAUGGCUAAAUUCAUUUUUUUUCCCAGUCUUUGUUUUAUUUUGGGGAGUUUUAUUAAUGUUUACUAUGCACAUCUGGUCAUCUUUUUAGCUUGAAUGAUAAACUUUUUCCCAUGUUACUUCUUAUUUUGUUGGACAGAAACAUGGGUGGUGUUGUUAUUGAAGUUGGCUUUUGCUUGAAAAUUCUAAUGAAGGUACACUUUCACAUUUA